AUGGAGCAAUGGCAGGCGUACCCCGACCCUGCCGGCGCCGGCGGCUCAAGGCGGUACAAUGGCAGCAACAAUAACAGCACCAGCCAAAUGUCGCCGCGAGACUUUAACAACAAUGGCGGCCAGCCCCCUGCCCAGCAGCACCAGCAGCACCAGCAGCACCAGCAGCCGCCGCCCGCCGGCUUCAAGUACGACCAGUACCAGGGCGGUCUAAAUCCCCAACAGCAGCAGAGCGCCGCCUCGCCCAUCAUGAACAGCUCCCAGCUGCGCGACGGCAACGGCGACGUCGCCAUGCAGGACGCCCACGAUGCCUACUCGGGCCUCAACCUGAACCCCAACGUCAAGUACCCAAUGCGGCCGCAUCACCAGCACCAUCUCUCGGGCGGCCGACCCUCGGCCCUCCAGCAGGAGCCCUCGGCUGCCGCUCAGCGCUACUCCCCUAUGGAAAUCUUGUCUCCCACCUCGCCCUACGCUGCAAAGUCGGCUGGAGGAGGCCAGUUCAUUCAAUCGCCGGCCCAGCGCCAGUCGCCGAACCGCUCUUCCGACUACGUUCCCCAGAGUCCCUACUACACUUCUCGACAGGCUGCUCCCCAGCUGCCGCCCAUCAACCCCUACGGGUCCCCCCAUGACGGCUAUCCCUCGGCCGCCGUGGCUGCCAUGGACGGCUCAUAUGUCGAUCCCAAGUCUCCCCGACGCGCCGCGCCCCAGUCGGCUCUCCCCGAAACUGUGCCCGAGUUCAAGAAGAUCCGGGCCCUGACAGACCUGAGACCAAAAGUUAAUAUGCAGCCGCCGUUCAGACGCGCCAACCCCGAGGGCGGCUUCAUCAGUCCCCUCCAAGCCCUUACGGUGCACCUCCCCGCCACAUAUCGGAUCUGUAACCCCAGCUUCAAGUAUGAGUCGUCGCGGAAUCCCCGUCGUGUCUUGACCAAGCCGAGCAAGGGGACAAAGAACGACGGCUACGACAACGAGGAUAGUGACUAUAUUCUCUACGUCAAUGACAUAUUAGGUUCCGAAGAAGCAGGGCACAAGAACCGCUAUCUGAUCCUCGAUGUUCUCGGGCAGGGCACUUUUGGCCAAGUCGUUAAGUGCCAAAACUUGAAGACGCAAGAAGUCGUGGCUGUGAAGGUGAUCAAGAACCGCACUGCCUACUUCAACCAGAGUAUGAUGGAGGUCUCUGUUCUAGACUUGCUCAAUACCAAACUUGACAAGAAUGACGACCACCAUCUCCUGCGACUCAAAGACACCUUCAUACACAGGCAACAUCUUUGCCUGGUGUUUGAGUUGCUGAGCGUGAACUUGUAUGAGCUCAUCAAGCAGAACCAAUUCCGUGGGUUGAGUACGACAUUGGUCCGCGUCUUUGCCCAGCAGCUCCUUAACGGCCUUGCACUACUGAACAAGGCUCGGUUGAUCCACUGCGACUUGAAGCCGGAGAACAUUCUCCUAAAGAACCUCGAAAGCCCCAUCAUCAAGAUCAUCGACUUCGGGUCUGCAUGUGACGAGCGUCAGACUGUCUACACAUACAUCCAGUCCAGAUUCUACCGCUCGCCUGAAGUACUACUUGGGCUCCCGUACUCUUCGGCUAUCGACAUGUGGUCUCUGGGGUGCAUUGUUGUGGAGCUGUUCCUCGGCCUCCCCCUUUUCCCUGGCUCCUCCGAGUACAACCAGGUCUCGCGAAUCGUUGAGAUGCUUGGAAAUCCCCCAAACUGGAUGAUCGAGAUGGGAAAGCAGGCGGGCGAGUUCUUUGAAAAGAGACAGGAUGAGUACGGUAGACGGACCUACCAACUGAAGUCCAUGGAGGUGUAUUCGCGCGAACACGGCACUAAAGAGCAGCCGAGCAAGAAGUACUUCCAGGCGAAUACCUUGCCCGAGAUCAUCAAGUCGUACCCGAUGCCUCGCAAAAACAUGAAACAGUCAGAGAUUGACAGAGAAAUGAACAACCGGGUUGCCUUCAUUGAUUUUGUCAGGGGCUUAUUGACGAUAAACCCGCUCGAGCGAUGGUCACCUCAGCAAGCAAAAUUGCACCCUUUUAUCACGCAACAGAAGUAUACAGGGCAAUUUGUCCCGCCAAUGAACUUGAAGUCCAGUUCUCUCAAUAGGUCACCAGCCCCUGGCACGCAACAGCAGCAGCAAGCCGAGGCCCUGAGCAAGCAAAGAGCCCAGGCUGCCCAAGCCCAAGCGACUUCGGCAACCCAGGGCGCCUACGCAUCAAUGGCUGGCGGGCAAUAUCAGCAACCAGUACACGCCCAAGGACCACCUUUGUAUGCGAACAAUAACAUAUACUCCCCCGGCGUCGGUGGCGGUGGUCACGCAGGCGCGCCCCCGCCUUAUGCAGCGCAACAAGGUGGCUAUAGCCCAAUGGCCAUGUCACAACCCCCUGUCCAAAUGCCACAAGCCAACUACGCCGGUGUUCCGCAACCCAACAUGUACUCCCAGCAACAGCAACAGCAGCAACAGCAAGCUAGGACAAGACAGCGCGCAUCGACAAUGGAACAGCAGCAGAGCGGAAUCCCCGCCGCAAUUCAGAGGGUUGCCAGCCAUCUUGAUCCGAAUCAUCCCAUCCGACUGCAGCCAAGCCCGGCGUACUAUCCACCCCCACCCGAUGGCAUGGCGGGCCUUGACCAAACCACUGGUAGGGGUGCCGCAAGGAGGGGAAGUCGGGCUCAGCAAACCACGCGGAGCAAUCGCGACUUUAUCCGAAACUUGGAGGAACGGACACUUGAGGAAGGGUUUAUGGGGAACAGUGGGAGUGGCCAGAGCCCUUGGCACUGA